AUGGCCUGCACCGUCCUGCUGGUCGGCUCCUCGGUCCUGCUCAUCGGCGUCGUUGCUUUCAUCGCGGCUAAGAUUUUGCUUCUCAAGAAGGCAGAGCUUGCGAAGCCCGAGGUGACUGUGCCUGCGACCACCACGGUGGGACUGCCCUUGCGAAAGCCGCUGCUGUUUUGCACUGUCGGCUACAACUUCGAGGAGGCCGAGGACUUGAAGAAGAAGAUGCCCUGCGACUACUUAAUCUACUCGGACGUGAUCGCCAACAACAAGACAUUCGUGCCCCUCUACGGCCCCCGCAGCUGGAGCGCCUUCAAGACCGUUCUCGGAGAAGCUCCGUCAUCGGUCACCGGCGGCCUCAGCUUCAGCCUGUCGGAAGGCAUCGGGCCAGACAGCACUUUCGACAUAAUCAAUAAGCAGCAGGCGGCGCUGCAAGCGUUCAUCAGACUGCGCAUGAUCGCCAUGGGGACGUUCGACUACGAACCCACCGCCGGCGUCCCCAUUUCUUCGCUGAAGAGUUUUUUCAAGUUCCUCAACAAGACGCUGCCAAGAAGUCCCAAUUCGAUGGUAUUUCUUGGCGUCUUUCUCGCCACCAACAUCAUUGCCGACGCUUUCAUCGCUGACGUCUCAAAGAUCACCGAAAUAUCCACCCUCAUCGUGGAGACGCACAUCACGCUUAGGGAGGCGCAUCUCGGAGGCCACACAGAUUGCCACGCCUACCCCAUCAGCGCCGUUGGCAUCAAGAACCUCGCCAACAACACUGUGCCCAGGCUGGAAGUUGCCGAGCACGCGGUGAACGUGAGUCGCAGCCGGGGCGACCUGUUCCGCAUGGUGUUCUCGUCUACGAUGGGCGUGAUGGUGUACAAGCAGAUUCAGAACAAGCCCAUCUCGCGUUUCCGGGACCAGUGCUCGACGUGGAACAUGGGCGACUAUGACGUCACUUGCGACCCCGACUUGAACAAGCAGCUCGAGGAGAGCGACAUGGCCUCGUUCGCCAUCGUCAACAGUGGCCAGUACCUCUUCUCCUUCGAGGACGAUAAAUCGCUCAAAAGGAAGCUGGAGCGGUACCUGCCUGCCAGUUCGGACGGUUGGUGCCUGUUCGACGUUCAUCGGGACGUCUACUGGACUUGUGGCAUAAACAUUCCACCGAGUGUUCAGCCCAAUCAAGCGAUUGACAUUUCCAAUUCACCCCAGCCCAUGCUGCGCGCCGAGAAAGUCAAGGCGCUCAUGAGCACCAUAAAGCGAGGGAAUCAAUAAUUGUUGAGUAAUAA